AUGCCGUAUAACCUCCGUGGUCGAAAUAUUCUCAUUGUCGGCGGGGCAAGGGGACUCGGAGCAGUUGUGGCCGAGAAAUUUGCCGCCGAAGGCUGCGACCUAGCAAUCAACUAUCUCUUCAGUCAGGAGCAAGCCGAUAACCUCGCCACAGACUUAGCGAAGAAACAUGGCAUUAACGCAGUCACUAUCCAAGCCGAUGCCGGAGUUAAGGAAGAUUGUAUACGACUGGUUCAGGCCACGAUCGAGAAAUUGAAGGGUCUGGAUAUUAUCAUCUCAAACGCAGGCUGGACAAAGUUUACCAGUUUUGGUGAUCUGGAUGCAUUGACUGACGAAGAAUGGGACAAAUGUUGGUCAACCAACGUCAAGAGUAAUCUUUCGUUGUUCAAGGAAGCCGCUCCGACUUUCAAUGCAAACCCCGAGGGUGGCGUUUUCAUCGCAACGUCUUCCAUUGCCGGUAUAACGGCUGGUGGAAGCAGCAUGGCUUACUCUGUCACUAAAUCUGCCGGUCUACAUCUUUUGCAAUGCUUAAAGGCAUCUCAGGGACCAAAGGUCCGCAUCAACGCGGUCCUUCCAGGCCUGCUAUUGACUGAAUGGGGAGUAAGAUAUUCUCCAGAGCAAAUUGAGGCAUGGAAGAACAAGUCUGCUCUCAAGCACGAGGUCUUCCUUGAUGAUUGUGCCGACAUGUACGUAUCUCUUUCCAAGAAUACUUCAAUGACGGGUCAACAGAUUGUUAUCGAUUGCGGGUACGUAUCUUGA